AAGGAGAUUGAUCAUUCAAAAGAAUCAACUACGUGAAACAAUAUAUUUAAAAACUAGUAAGAAGGGAAAAAUAAGUACAUUUAAAAAUAUGAAUGAGAAAAUAUAAAUGUAAAAAUACCGGCGCCCAUCUCAGCCGACUUCGGGCGAGAGGCGGCCUACGCCCUGAACCGGUCGCCAGCCAAUCACGGGUCGCAGGUAGGCAAACAAUCAUUGGCACCUACGGGCAAUUCAAUGAACCGAGCGCGCGUGUUUUUGGAACGUGCGAGGUGAAAAGCCAAGCACGCAGGCCGGGCCGGAUUUGAACCCGCAACCUCACAGUUGUGAGAUCAUUAUGUGGCUAUUUUCAUGUGGAAAAGGGUGAAAAAUGUUGGGUGACGAGGGAAAAUAUUGAUUGGAAUCGCUCAAGAAAUGUGGAAGCGGGAGGGAACAAUGUGGGAAAAUGUGGAAUGUGUCUUGAAGAACGUCUCGUUGGGAAUGAACGGGCAAUUUGGGGCUGUUCAAUUGGAAUUGGGGUCGUUUUGGAAAGAGGAAAAUGCAUGGGAAUACGUCCAAGUCAGAAUGUCAGAAAACAAACCAGAAGAAGAAUGAUACAAAAUAAGAAGAACAUUGGUGUGAAUGCUGAUUUUCUUUUAGGCAAUUUACGAGCUGUAACAGUACCAAAAAAAAGUUGAAAAUCCAUUGAUGAAUACGUUUGCGUUACCUUGAAUAACUGACUCAUAAUUUCAUAUGUUAAAGCCAUUGAAAGGAUGAAUUAAGACUAUAAAGACGAGAAACGUGGUUGUCGUGAGGUGGCGGAACCCUUGAGCUCACCUUCGUUUGUUCCUACCCGGAGCACAAAGCGGACGCGCACUAGCCGGUUAACGCUAAUACGACAAGCAAAGAUGCUAAAGCGUGGCAUUGAUCGCAUAAUUCGCCCACUUUGAACCGCGCGCGCAUGUGCUACAGGCCGUGGGUGUUGAAUUCCACCACCGAUGCAGCUAACUAGCAUGUGCUUGAAAAGAUUGGACUGUCGUCGCUGGUUAGCCGUUAGCACAAGCCGUGAGUUGGGCGGCUAACAGCGAGCCCGUAUGUGGAUUUGGACUCCAGUGGACUAUUUUUUUGUUUGUUUGGGACUCCAUUAAUGGACUUUGUGAUGUUUUUAAAAAUGCGCUUUUUCUUUGAACAAACGCACUCCAGUUGGCCGUGUCGCCAUGGUAAGUGACGCUGCAGAGGCCCCUCGCGGAGGUGAGCGGAUGCUGAACAUUCCGGAAGCGUCUACUUUUUGCCAUGUCGUCCCCAAGUGGUGCCGCGCGAGAGGCCGCCCCCGCCCCCGCCCCCGCCCCCGCCCCGCUGGCUUCCAAGGCGCUGUCCGAGUCGUUCGCCCGUCUGCGCUACCUGGACACGUCGUUGUUGGUGUGGCAGCAGCAGCAGCAGCAGCGGGCGGCCACCGCUCCGCCGCGUCCGUCCUCCUACCUCAGCCGCAGCCAGUCGGCCUGGUACAGCAGCUACGGGAACAGCGCCGUCGUGGUCCGCGACAAGAGGUGCCUGGAGGAGCACCAGGGACGCUCCCGGGUGUGCGCGCUCAUGUAGCGGCGCAACGCGCCCACUAGACCGAGCUACUUCCGAAACCUCUCUUUGUACUGACUAGGGAGAAUUGAUUCCGAACGGAACAAAUAUCCACCCUUCCCUGCUCCCGAAUCACUAGAGAGGUUUGCUUGAGCCGGCCUGAAAACUUGCCUGGCCUGAGUUUUCUUUUUCGUAUGUUAGGAUGUGAUCGCACACGCGUUGCCAUUGACGAAAAACGUCGACGUUGAGAAAGGAGUUACAAGUUACAACUGCCGGUCGUGCAAACCUCUCUUUCCCGGUUCUUUUAUUCUGGUCGAGGUAGAACUUCAAUGAUUAGGCCGGAUGAAAAGCUUCACGAUUUAUUCGAAAAUACAAAGUCAAACAAUAAGCUCGGUGAAGGUUCAGCGUCCGCGGUGAAGAGACCGCAGAAGUUCUCGUCCGCUUGUUUUCUGGCCCGUCGUGACGUCACGCAGCCGUCGACCAAUCCUAGCUCCAGCCUAGUGUUUGGGGUCCGACGUUCCCACCCCGGCACCCAGAGACAGAGCGUGCUCCGCUUUCUUCAACUUUACUACGGAACGUGUUGGCCAUUGCUAGAGAUGCGUCAGUACGCCCGCCAUAUUGAAUUGAAUGUGUCAGUUUUACUUCUAUCGAGUGGCGCGCACACACUACCAACGCUCUGAGUUGCCGAAGGUUCCGGGUUGCGGUGAGCGCGCCCGGAGUGAACUUCCCAACGCACCCUAUGUUGAUCUGGUGUGCGUUCGUUGAGUCGGUGCGAGAACAUCGACUAUCCCAACAUGGCCGCCACGUCAAGUCUUCCAAUCUCGGGUCAGAAGGGCUACACACACAUCGUUGCCAGUCUGUGUCCGAGGACGAGGACGUUCCCGUCGAGGAGCUGUCGUCGGACGAGGAAGACGAGC